AAGCCGCAAUAAAUGCGCUGCACAGGAGACAGAGCGUGCAGGCUAAGAGAAGAGAGGGCGUCGACAGGCAUCUCGUGAGUGACUGGGGACCACGCUGACGUGGAGUUCCCGGACCACCCAAUAUUUUCUCGGUGUUCAAGGGUGGCCGGCGUGGCUUUGCUACGGUAGAGUUUCGGUUGCAUGCUAUGCUGACGUGGCAUCAUUCCGAAAGAACACAUCGGAUUGAUCGAAUUUAACGGAGACACCAUGUUGAAUUAAAUUUCAAAAGUUGAGAUAAUUAAAUCGGACUAAUAAAAUUUUAGGUAAUUGAUUGAAUUCAACAGAGAUGCCACGUCGUUGCCCCCUCAUAAAGAAGAAGACGACGACGACGACGUGCAGGAGGUAUUCCCCGCUUCCUGUAGGUCCGCGGCGGUGGGCGGCGACAGCGACGACAAUGAGGACGACGACGCCGAGGGCGACGGCAACGGCGAUGGCGACAACGAUGAGGAAGCUGAGGAUGACGUAGCAAAUUGAUAUCUUCGGCAGUCCCGCUAUAAGCUCAGCCAUCUUGUCGGUAUUUGACCUUUUGGAAACAGAUUUUCAAAUGCUUCAGCUCGAAAAAAAGAAGGCUUUUAAGUGAAAAGGCAGUCAAAGAUUGAACUGGGUGUUUCUUGUUUGCUUCUCAGAGAAGUGACAAUCACGAGGACGGUCAAAUUUCGUGCUUUCAAGCUUGAUAGAUCUCUAAAUCUAGGAUUCUAAAUCUAAGACCUUGCACUUAAGCCUUGCUUAUUUAAAUGAAUUCGGCAGGAGUUGGGAACUGAGUACCAAGUCAGGCCUGUGGGUCGUCCUGAGGAUGAGGAGGAUGCAAGUGAUUUCGAGCCUGAGGAGAAUGGCGAGGAGGAAGACGCUGACGAAGAGGACGAGGAUGAAGACGAGGACGAUGCUGGUGGGAAGGUCGAGGCUCCACCGAAGAGGAAGCGAUCAGACAAGGACAACUCUGACGACGACAAGGAUGAUGAGAGACCUGCCAAGCGAUAGGCCCAAAGGCCCUUCGUGCCGUGGGAGAAAAUAUUGGGUACGUCUUAUGUAGCUAGUGUGGCAAACAAGAAGGCGGUGGGAGCGCGACACGUGUCCUCGUGGGACCCAUAAAGUCAGGCAUCUGCUCCUCGACUCAGCGCUUCUUCCUCUCUCCUCUAACUCUCGUCUCGGCUGGUGGCUCGGCUCGGCUGGCAAAAGAAAGGACGUCCUCUCCUCCUGACCUGCACGCUCUCUCUCCUGUCAGAGCAUUUAUUGCGGAAACUUUCUCUUUCUUCGUUUGAGAAAGAAAAUGGCCGUUCGUUCCUCUUUCCCUCUCCAUUUCUUUCCUUUCGAAUUUUUGAAUCUGAAAUCCUCUCUCCGCGCUCGUUGUUGCUCCGCCGUGCAUCAAGCGGCCGUUCUCCUGCCAUCACCGACGAACCACAUUACGGCCGCCGCUACUCCGGUGCUCACUCGCUUCUCUCUUCGGGUUCGUUGCUGCUCCGUCAUUCGUUCCGGCGUUCCCGGGAUCGCAGAUGCAGCACGCGGAGGAGAAGCAGGCCUCUUCGAGCUCCCCUCAACGUCGGCGACGUCGCCCGCCAAGCGAGACCCGCACACAUGGAAGGCUCGGAGGCGAGGUUGCUGGAGAAGCUGGUGCUGAGCUGCCUCGUCGUGUUCGACGCUCCUCCGCCUCCCUCUCGCGACGUCCGCUCCGCUCUCUCUCUCCCCCCUCUGCGAAGUCGUGACUCUCUUCCAGCGAAACGCGACGCCGACGGCCCUCCACCUCUGCCGGUUGACUCCGUCGCCCUCGACUCCGACUCCGACUCCGACGCCGACGCCGACGCCGCCUCCUCCCCUGAACCCGACUCUGACGCCGACGCCCCUUCGCCGGUUGCCUCCGUCGGCGUCGGAGUCCGUCGCCCCGACACCGACGCCUCGGCCUCCGCCUAUGCGCCUGACGCCGACGCCGACGCCCCUUCGCCAAGUCCAUGCAUCGCAGAAAAUGGUGAUGCCGACCCAACAUUACUUAUUCAGUUAUUUCCUUUUGCUGCUGCCGAAAAGGAGAGACAAGCUUUGGUGGAUGCACUUAGAGCUAGUGAAGCUGAAUGCGAUGCUAUUGAUGCGAAGAUGCAGGAGGUUUUGAAUGCACAGAUUGCUGCUGAGGAUGAGUGUGUUUCUCUGUUGGAGAAUUUCUCUAAGGAUGCAACUGCUAGUGCUGACCUGAUAGAGAAGAAGGCAAACUUACUGCGUGCUGAGGAAAUGGACAAAUGGCUUUCAUCAAGUGAAGAUUUGGAGGUGAGGAAGAUGGAACUUGAAAUCGAGUCAUAUCUGAUAAGUGAAGCUCGUAAAGGAGUGAAUGUUUCCAUCGAGCAUUCAAUUGAUGAUGACAGUAGAGAGAAAGAAAAACUUCUUAAGAAGAAGGAUGUGUUGUUGGAUGAAUUGGAGAAGCUGCUUAAUUUAGUGAGAGAGAAGGAGAAGCAAAUUGCUGAGAAUGAUGCUUCCAUUGAAGCAGUAGAGAAGCACAUUGCUGGUGUGGUCUCUGGAUUUCAGGACAUGCAAUCAGAUAUUGGUGCUAAAUAUGAUAGAAUGAAAUCAAAGCUCUCUCAGGUUGAUGCCGAAAGUGAAGCUUUAUCUAUAAAAAGAAAGAUAUUGAUGAUGUACUCUCUCAGGAAGAUAAUAAAGGAGCAAAGAUUAGGGAACUUGGGAAGAUUGCUGCAGAUGAAGCAAAAGCAUACAAUGAAGCAGCAGGAUUGAGAAAAGGUUUAAUGCUCUGCAUUUUGGAGUACAGAGAAAGUAAACUGGGGCUGAUGAAGACUGAGGAGAAAUUUUCUGAAGAUGUCAUGAGGCUCCAACAAGAAGCUUCCUCUGCAAGAGCUUUUACAGGAACUGUCUUCAAAUAAGUCCAGCCUCCAACAGGAGAUAGCUUCAUUUGAGCAGAGGAUACUUUAUGUGGACAAGAGACUUCCAGAACUAGAGACUGAGAAAAAGGUUGCUGCUGCUGCAAGAAAUUUCAAAGAAGCUACACGAAUAGCUGCUGAAGCAAAGUCGUUGAGCAAUGAGAAGGAAGGAACACAAAUCAAGCUUGAAAGAGCCACUAUGGAGCUUGGAAAGCUUGAAGAAGAAAUUAAAGAAACUGUUGAUAAAUUGCAGGAGGCUGAGGAGCAGAUCUUAUUAAGGGAGAGGGAUUUGGCAGUGGCUAGACUCCAGAGGUUACUCAUAACUGCCAGUGCUGCCAAUGCUGAAAGAGCUGCUGCUGUGGAAUUGGGUGACCAUGAAGAAGCAGACAUUUUACUUGCUGAGGCCAAAGCUGCAGAAUAUGAAGCCCAAAAGCUCCAAGCGGUAUAUGAUUUGAAGGAGGAAGAUUUUGGCAAUCAACCAAAACAUUUAAUCCCUAUGGAACUUGUUUAUGAUCUCAGCGGGAAACAAUUAGCAGAAUUAGCUGCAUCUGUUCAUCUCAACCCAGCAUCAUGAUGACAAAGUGGAUUUUGAGAUGACUGACCUUUUUUGGCAGGACAGGCUUCUGAAACUCUGGUCACAUGUAUUCAAGGGGAUUAGCCUGGAAGUUUCAUCUCACCUUUGGCUAGACGCUUUCAAACCUCAGUGCCUAGAAAUGACAGUUGUGGCAUUCUUUGGUCUUUGGCCAGUAGCAAGUUUGGUAUGGGUUUUGAAGAUCUCGGCGAUUUCAUUUUAUGGUACUGGAUGUGAGAAUUCAGCUUCUCCAAGGCAAUGGGAGGAGUAAUUUUUUUGUAAAUCUGUUGAGUGAAAGAUUAAUACACGUCUCUUCUCAUACAGAAUAAUGUCCAGCCCAAUACAAAAAAGGGGUUGGGGAUGGUGUGGAAAAUAGCCAGAAUUUUCUUUAGAUUC